UUGAACUCGUUUCACUCGAACAAAAAAAUUUUUUCAGAUAAGCAGGACUACUGGACGUACAACGGCUCGCUGACGACGCCGCCAUGCUGCGAGUGCGUCAUAUGGACGGUGUUCUGCCACCCACUGAAGGUGUCCACUAGUCAGAUGAACGUGCUGCGCUCGUUGUUGUCGAUGCCGAUUGAGCGAAUCGACAGUAGCCACCCGCAACUGGUGAACAACUUCCGACCGACCCAAUCACUGAACGGUCGAAUUGUCCGGCGAUCGUUUCGCUGA